UGCCCUACGGUGACCCCAUUUUAUUGUCACCCUUUGAUUUGUCUCUCCACCGUUUUUCCUUUUCCUUUUCCGGGGGGAAAAUAGAAAAAAAAAAAACUCUCUACUUCGGCCAACGACAGGUUUCCACUUCUCUCUCAUCCACGGGCGACUCUUUUUUGUGCUUGUAUUCUUUUAUGGUGUUGGGGUUUUCGCCAUAAACUGUCACCGUACCAUAUUAAAUUAUUUUUUCAUCCCUGUAAAUUCAUGUUACAUUAAUCGUUCUAUAGAAACCCUUAACUGGAGCCUUUCAUUUUCACUGCUCGAAAAUUUUCUUCAUCGAUAUCCUCUCCAGGCUCUUUGGAGUCAGAAGAAUAAUGAUUGAAGUUGAGACGGGUGGAGCUAUGUCUCUUUGAGGUCGCCACUACCAUACUCGCUGGUGGAGCUCACGAUCUCUCAAGCUUGCAUCUACAUCCUUGCUGCUGACGAAAUCUACAAGGCAUUGGUGCAGGGUAUUAUAAAUACAAGAACUCCUUUAACAGCAAGAUGAGUGACGAUGCUUUUGACGGACAGAUAUUGUCUGAGAAAUUGUCUAAACUCAAUAGUUCGCAACAAAGUAUAGAAUCGUUAUCCCGUUGGUGUAUUUCUCAUCGGAAGAAAGCCAGGCAGAUUGUUGAAACGUGGGAUAAAUUGUUCAAUUCUGCACAGCGAGAACAACGUGUUUCUUUUCUUUAUUUGGCCAAUGACAUUCUGCAAAAUAGCAGGCGAAAGGGCAACGAAUUUGUGAACGAAUUUUGGAAAGUCCUUCCUGCAGCUCUCAAGAAUGUUUAUGAAAAUGGUGAUGAAUCUGGAAAGAAAGCAGCCUCCCGAUUGGUUGGCAUAUGGGAAGAGAGAAAGGUUUUUGGAUCUAGGGGUAAAAAUCUUAAAGAUGAAAUGCUGCGUGAGGGUCCUCCUCUGUCAGUUAGCAAUGGGAAGAACUCAAAUCCUGUCAAUCCUGUCAAGAUAAUGAAGAAAGAUUCUCAUGCCUUAAGAAUUAAAUUGCCUAUCGGGGGUAUGCCAGAAAAAAUAGUAACUGCAUUUCUGUCGGUACAUGAUGAAAAUACCAUUGAAGAAGCUGCCUUAAGCAAGUGUGAAGAUGCUGUUUUUCGUGUGGGAAAAAUGGAGAAAGACAUUGAAAGUACCUCUACUCAAGGGAACAACCUGGAAUCUGCAUUGCUGGAUGAAAUACAAGAGCAGGAAAAUGUACUUCAGCAAUGUGUUACGCAAAUUGAAAGUUCUGAAGCAAUUAGGGCCUCCUUGGUUUCCCAGCUUAGAGAAGCACUUCAGGAUCAAGAAUCAAAACUGGAGUUUAUACGCACUCAGUUGCAAGUUGCUCGGGGUCAGAUUGAGCAAGCAAGCAAAAUGAAACAGAGGCUCACAUCAACCCCUCUUGGCCACCUGACCAACAAUGUCCACCCACCAAUGGAAGCCACGAGGGUGGUUGAACCCAAUCUGCCUUCAAUUCAAACACGCAGCACCACUCCUCCGCCACAACUGGGCCAACCUGUGGUAUCUUUUACGACUUCGAAACCUACUGAAGAAGAGAACAAGAAGGCGGCAGCAGCAGCGGUUGCAGCUAAACUUGCUGCUUCUACAUCCUCUGCGCAGAUGCUUACUUCUGUUCUCUCAUCCCUCGUUGCAGAAGAGGCUGCCUCCAUGAGUGGUGGCUCAAAAUCAGCUGGUUUUGCCACUAGUUUACCAAUGUUCUCUCCAGAAAAACGACCCAAACUAGAGAAACCAGCUUCUUGUUCUGAUAUGACCAAUACAGCUUAUUUUGGUUCUCUACAUCAGCAACCCACAAGUAUGCAACCGAUCUCCCAGGCCAACCAGCUACAAACUCCAUUUCCACCGCUGCCACCACCUCCACCAUCUAUGCCUCCCACAAAUUCCCCAGCAAAUCAAUUUGUUCAAUCUGCUGGUCUGACCAGUGGGGUUCUGGCUUAUGGAUAUAGCACUAGCAGUCUGCCACCUCCUCCUCCUCUGCCUUCACAUAUUGCAAUGGGAUUAGCAAGGCCAGCUCCUCAGCAACCUCAACUGCAACCACCGCAGCAGCAAUCUCCGCAAUCGCAGCCACAGCAGCCUGCCAAUGGAGGAGGGUAUUAUAGGCCUCCAGGUAUCGGAUUCUAUGGACAGAGCAAUCAGCCAACGCCACCGCCUGUACCUCGCCAGUGAGAUCCUCUUGGAAGUAUUGAGGAUAGAGGACGAAAUGCGUCAUUUUGUACAUCAAUAGGAUUGUUAAAUACAAUAGGAACCUUUUCGUUCAUCUGUAAUCUGUACUUUUACUGUACUUUGGUGGACAUCUCCCAUUCCCAUCCCCUUACCUGGUGCUUAGCAAAUGUUAACGAAGUUAUCUAUCUGAGAGAACCAAAUCUUAACUUAAAUGUACAAGUACCAUUUUGUAGAAAUACUCCCUCUGUGUGCCAGGUGAAUACUGUGUUACAGGAACCUCGUUAGAAAUUCCCUCAAUGUGCGCGCGCGUUCGAAACAUACAUGCAACGUUGUAGCUGUGUUUCAGGUACUCGAAUUUUUUCUUGGCUGGAAAUCUUAUUAUACCAUCUGAGAUGUAGCCAUAGAGAAACCAUCUUUUAUGAACUCACGUAUUACAUAUAUUGUAUUGUUCAUUUACAUUGAA